AUGACGAAGUGCAUCCUGGCCGCCCCCUUCCUGAUGAAUGAGAUUCUGGGAUUCGCCGCCCUACACCUGAGUAUCGUCCGUCCUCUCCAGCAGACCUUCUACCGACAUCACGCAGCCGAGCUCCAGACCCACGCGCUCACAGAAUUCAACAGCAACAGCGCCAAUCUGGCUCUCAGCGCGGAAACGUGCCUCCCCAUGUUUCUCUUCUCCUCGAUCCUGGCCCUCCACAUGCUCAGCGAAAAGCUCCUCUUUCGAAUGGGCGGUUUUGACGCGUUCCUUGAUGGUUUCGUCCAGUCUUUAAGAUUGCAUCGCGGCGUCCGCGCAGUGACAAAUCGAUCCUGGCCUCUGUUGCUAAAUUCACCGCUCAAGACUCUCCUUGAGGCGGAGGGCACCGCGCUAACAAGGGAUCCGGCUGGCUCUGGUGACGAAUGUGCUAUUCUAAUUGAGUUGUUGGACUCUUCAGACUCCGUGGAUAUGUCCGUAAGGAACACGUACAGAGAGACUAUCGGACAUCUCCAAAGUGCCUUUGAUGGAAGCCGCCAGCACCCCUCGAGAUUCUCUGCGGUCGGACCGAUCAUUUCCUGGCCUGUUGUUAUCCCGCCGGGGUAUAUCGAUCUCCUGGAAGAGCGAAAGCCCCAAGCGCUUAUUAUUCUUGCGUACUUUGGUGCCCUGUUACACCUCCACCGGGAGAUGUGGACAUUUGGUGAUAGCGGGGCUUAUAUCGUUGAUUCUGUUAAGGAUUAUAUAGGCCCUAGCUGGGAGAUUUGGUUGCACUGGCCGAGUGCAUUUGUCCGGCCGUCGAACGGGAAUACUUGA